GCGCUAUUAGGCUUGGGCGAGGACGCGAUUAAGCCGCACUGGAAGGAGAACGGACGCUGCAUUAUUAGUGCCGUAGCCACGUGCUAAGCCACCGCUUCGCAAAAACCGCGGACGACCGCCUGCUGGCCAAUAAUCGCUGGCACCUCAACAGCCUCAGCAGUGUGGCGCGCGGCGCGAGAAUAAUCGCUGGCACCUCAACAGCAUCAGCAGUGAUGGCGCGCGGCGCGAGGACCGCCGCCUACUGGGCCUUCAUCGCUGCUAGCUCUGCAGCAGCCUCGACGGUCGAGCGGCGCCCUAUGCGACCACCGCGCCUGCGCAUCCGCGUGCCGCCGGUGGCGCCCCUGACGCCGCCGCGCGAGCGACCGACGCCGCCGCUGCCCGCGGCGAGCCGCAUCGUCGAGGACAUCGGCGACCCGGCCUCGUCGCUGCGCGCGGCCCAGGACGGCAACACGCGUCGGCUCGCGGAGCUCCAGGACGUCGGCUAUUUACUCGAGCGCGUGCGGGACCGCAACGGGUGUAGUCUCACGCACCGCGCGGCGGGCUCGGGCCGGCUCGAGACGCUGGCCUGGCUAUUAACGAGAACGGGCUGCCGCGCGGACCACGCGAGCGACGGCGGCAAGAAGGGCGCGAGAGGACGAACUCCCUUACAUUUCGCGGCGCGCCACGGCCACGUCGCCUGCUGCCGGCUCCUCCACGAGCGCGGGGCGCUUAUUGACGCGGAGACGGCCAGCGGCGUGACGCCCCUCAUGUGGGCGGGCUACUACGGGUCGACGAACGCCGCGGCGUGGCUGCUGGACGCGGGCGCGGACCCGCUCUACAAAAACGCGAAGACGGGUUGUAGUGUCGCGCACUGGUGCGCGGCCGGCGGCGACGUGCGCACGGCGCAGAAGUUGCUGGAGCUGGGCGUGCCGCGCGCGAGCUUCGCGGAACCGAACGCCGUCGGCCACACGCCACUCAACAAGGCCGCUGCGAAGGGCGAGGUCGCCAUGGUCGACUUCCUCCUGGAGAGCAUCGUGCCCCCGGCCAAUCUGCUGCUCCGCGACCAGACGGGCCGCUCGGCCGCCGACGCCGCGGCUGACGCCGGGUUUCCCCACCUCGCGGCGCACCUGCGGUCCUUCGAGGACCGCGCCCUGGACGCGGCGCUGGCGCAGUACGGCGUGCCGCCGCCACCUUAACGUUGUUGUGUUUAU